AUGCCCAUCAAAUUUUUUUCUAUUGAAUAUGAUGCCAUCAACAGCAGAAACACCUUCACUAACAGAGACAAAAUUCAUAGGAGGAUCAUCAUGGAGACUUAUAAAGAGACAAAAAUCCAGUCACUGACUUUAAUAGCAAAAGGAAAAGGUCGAGUUUCCUUUGGACAAUGGGACGCCUUGGAAGAACAGAUGGUACCUGUGUACUGUCGAUACACGGCUAAAGAGAAAUAUUAUAAAGUCAAACAUGUCUUGAGAGAAAAAGGACAAGAUGGAGGAAGACACGCAUUUCCUUUUACCUUCAUUGUUCCUGAUUCUAGAAAGAUUCCAUCAUCUUUUGAGGCACCCAAGGGAAAAAUAGUCCACAAGUUAAAGGCAGAACUCAAACAACUCAUGAAGCCAAAGAAAACAACUGAAAUCUAUGUCCAAAGCAGACAUGAACCUUCCAGGACUUCUGGUGAUUCCAUUCAGGUCACAGCUGGAAUCAGAAACAACGCCAGUUGCUCAGUGAAGCCCAAAUUUGUGCUGUAUGAGAAGAAGAGGUUUUUUGCAAAAGGUGAAGUGGAAGUAUAUCUGGACAUCAAGAUUUUUUUUUCUUCCGCUCCACAACCUUGGGGAUCCGGUGAUACAAUGACCGUGAAGCAUCUCUCUAUAGAAUAUGACAAGGUGAAUGAUCGAGGCACUGUCUCUCCUGGGGAUGUGCUCUCUGGGAAAGUAACAGUGGUGACCAGCAAGGAAACCAAAGUACAGUGUUUUGUGGUCAAAGCCAAAGGAAAAGCCAAAGUGACUUGGUAUGAAGAAGAAGGACAAUCCACAGCAGUGUACUGCAACGAGAGGAAGUACUUUCAUUUAGAACACAUUAUUCUACAGGAUAAACAAAAGGGAGAUGGUUCUGAAAUCAUUGCCCCUGGAAAAAAUGUGUAUCCAUUCCAGUUUCUUAUUCCAAAAAUGGACAUGCCUUCAUCUUUCAGUGGGAAAUGGGGCAACAUCACAUACAGUUUGCGAGCCCAGCUGACUCAGUCAAUCUGGCUCGUUCAUAAAGCCAAGACUGAGUUCCUUUUCUUGACCAAGUCUGAGUUCCCCUUUGCCUCCAAAUCAGAAAUGAUUAUUAUUGGACUUAAGGAACAGCAAUGUGCCACCAGGAUUUCAUUUUAUGGCUCAGGAAAGAUUACUAUGAAGGUUACCUCAGAGAAGAUGGGGUUGAAGCAAGAGGAGGCGAUGGGGGUGUCGGUAGAUAUAACCAAUGACUCGGCUCGAAGGGUGAUACCUAAAUUCUACCUCUGUGAGAAGCAGACCUUUGUUGCUCAGUCGAAGACUAAAGUCUACACAAAUGACGUCUUUUUUGGGACCGGAGAGUCUGUCCCUGCUGAAAGAAGUGGGAUUAUAACCAAAGUGUUGAGCAUCCCUCCACAGCUCCCCCCAACCUUCUUCAACUGCUGCAUGAUGAAGCUGGAGUACAGACUCAAGGUGAUCCUUGACGUCCCUCUGGUAAGAGACCAAGAAGUGAAACUGCCGUUGGUUAUCCUGCUGGGUUCACCAAAACCACACCAACCGAGGCCGAAGAGAUCCAUCUGGUUUAGGAAGCUUUCUAGAUGA